GGAACCGUUCCAUUUUGAAAUUCGCAUUUCAUUUUUUUUUUUCAUUCGCAACGGUAUCUCGUAAAAAGAAUCAAACACGUUGCGUUCAAGUGCCAGUGUUUCCAUCGUUGAAAAUUUGGAGUGUGACUUGGUUUUCAAUUACAAAGAACCGGUAUCCAAAAUGUCGCUCGAACAUCCAACUGGUGAAAUGUCCCAGAAGAUCAGGGAGGAGUUGAAUGAGAAGCCGGAGACCAGGGACCAGGACCUGGCCAUCAUCAAGGAAUGGCUGAAACAGGAGCCACAUCUACCUGACGAAUUUGAUGAUCAGCGCAUCAUGACCUUCCUUCGAGGAUGCAAAUUCUCCUUGGAGAAGACCAAGCGUAAGCUGGAUAUGUACUUCACCAUGAGGACCGCUGUUCCCGAAUUCUUUAAUGACCGUGAUGUCACACGCCCAGAGCUCCAAGAGAUUCUUAAUAUUGUUCAAAUGCCACCACUUCCCGGUCUAACACCCGAAGGACGCCGAGUUAUCGUCAUGAGAGGUCUCGAUAAAGACGUACAAACGCCAAAUGUGGCGGAUGCUUUCAAGCUAGCUCUCAUGUUGGGUGACGUCAGAUUGGCAGAGGAGAAGGUUGGAGUGGCUGGUGACGUGUAUAUCCUAGACGCGUCAGUGGCGACACCUACCCACUUCGCCAAAUUCACCCCGACUCUUGUCAAGAAGUUCUUAGUUUGCGUACAGGAAGCUUACCCAGUAAAGCUGAAGGAGGUGCAUGUAAUCAACGUGUCACCCCUGGUCGACAAAAUCGUAAACUUUGUCAAGCCUUUCAUUAAGGACAAGAUCAAGGAAAGGAUCUUCCUUCACACUGACACAAAUGAUCUCUACAAAUACGUUCCUAAGGAGAUGCUCCCAUCUGAAUACGGUGGUAACGCAGGCUCAAUGUCUGACCUCCACAAUGCAUGGGUGAAGAAACUAGAAGAAUACAAAGACUGGUUUGCGGAACAGGAGAACAUCAAAGCCAAUGAAGCCUUGAGACCAGGAAAACCUACCAACUACGACGAACUAUUCGGCAUCGACGGAUCGUUCCGUCAGUUAGUCAUAGACUAAAUUAGCUUAGGAGCAUGAUAUGGACGCAACCAACAAAGACAAAAGAAAAGUACUGACAAAAUAAAUAUUUAACUGUUUUAAUUAAUAACAAUAUCAAAAUCCUCAAAGUCUCAUCGUAUAAGUAAAUCGUAAUGUUCAAAGAACAUUGUAUAGACUGAUCUCAAUAUUUUUUUUAUAUAAAUUGUUAUGUUAUAAUUGUUAUGGUUGUCGUCCACAUCUUAUAAAGUAUAGUAUUAGCAUCUCUCUACUAUCGCUUAUCUUUUACCGUUGUAUUGUCCUUAACCAAAUGUUUUAUAUCAACCAAAGUUAUUGCUCAAUUUUAGUGUUUAUAAAGAGCUUUCGAAACUCUUGUUUUGAACCUGUUAAGCAUUUGUCGUAAUUAAACACUAUCUUUUUUAAUGUUUUUUUUUUUCUUAUUUAUAGUUAUGUUAAACCCUGAAAUUCUUCA